AUGGUGGAUACCUACGAUGGUCCUUUGGCGGACGAUCUUUCCGACCUCAGCAGCCCAUCUAGCCCUACGCAGACUGCGUCAAUGAGCGAUAGUGAAGAACCAUCAUCAAAGGAGAUCAACCGCCGUCUGGCCCAAGCUCUGGACUACCUGGAUGAGCAAGGAGGUGAUGACUCUCCCACGAUAUAUAUGGAGCGUGUAAACAGAAUCGACAAAUAUCUCCUACAGCAACUGCCUCAGCAAGGGAUCAAAUUUGAAAAUGCACUCUAUCAACACUUGCGAGAUACGGUCAGACAAGAGGUGGAGGCCUAUGAUGCGGCCAAACAAAGCGCACGAACCGUGGUGGAGAACGAAGAGUCCUUGCUGGAAAGCAGAUCUGAUUUGUCACCGGGACAACAAUCACAUUGCCACUCGGAAUCUGUGACGCACGCGCUACACAGAGAAGAUGAGCAAAUUCAUGAUCCUGUCACUGGGCCCCUGAGAAAAGACGAGAAAACACAAGAAACAGUGCAAACUAAGCGGACGUUCAGGUAUGGAGGACCUUCUAGUGAUGCUGAGGUCUGGCACAGAAAAUUCCCAGCGAUCCUCCAGUUCCCAGAAACACAUCAACUGGCACACUGGGAGAGUCUCAAAAUUGACUUUGACCUUGACGAAUCUGUGAAAAAGCAGAAGGCAGAGGGUAGUGUUGUCGAGACUAACGUAUCCUUCGACCAUCCAGCCCUUGACCAAUACAAAAGCCUUGGGUUAUACGAAUCUGGAUCCCGAUUCAAACUCCCGACACCAAAAAAGGAGAUUGAAGAAGAGAUAAGGCGGUUGUGCACGGUCGAUCAAAUCGCAAAAGCUGUGGAAGAAUUCAACACGGGCGAGGGGAAGGAUGAGUCUGGAAAGAAAUAUGCUCCGCGGAUUUUCCUGCAUAAGCUGAGCGUUCAGCAGAAAGAUGGUCCAACGGAUAUUCGACGUGCUGUAAAUGCUUCACCCACUAAGCCACGUCAACGUUUAGUGCGAAGUGGUGCUCGGUCUGGCAGUGCAAACGCUACUCAAGUGCAGUUGCCGACAACAAAGAGCGCAGCAACAGAUUCGAGCAGUGUUGCUGAAGCCACACCGAUUGUGGUUCAGACUCCUACCAAGCUGUCCUCCGGAAAGCCACUAGCGUCUCUGCCGCGAACAUGGGAAAACAGAGUUGCUAUUGCAAAUGACUUAGUUCGUAUGUCAAGGGAAGAGGCGGAGGCUGCAGAAAAGAUGGCACGCGCUGCGAGAGAAAAAGCACGCAAAGCAACACUAGAUGCUCUCAAGAUAGCAGAUCAAGCUAACGGAAAGCUGACAUCGGAUAAUUGUAUGUCAUCCCCUGUUUCUAGAAGGAUCAAUCGAGAGCGUGAGACGUCGCUCGAAAAGAGUCCAAGGCGUCAGAGUGGAGUCAGCACCGCGCCACCAAGUGCCGAAACAACUCCAACAACGGAUGUCGUUCCUAUUGAGGAUUCCGAUGAUGCACCUAGGUCUGAGUCACCAGCAGUAGAUAUGUCGCAGUUCGUACACACACCCGCCGGUGUUACCACCCCCAAGCCCAGCAGCAGCAGGACUGUUAGGCGCAAACGUAGUAUUGGUGAUGAAGCCUAUACUCCAGAGAGCAAGCGCAGCAAGGUUGGGACGCCUUCAUCGCUGGGAAAUGGCACCAGUGGCAUGCAUCAGACUUCGGGAAAGUCGACAAGCUCGCCCCAAACCAAUGCAGCUACCAAGAAGUCUUCCGUUGCCAAGAAGCCUGCAGCAAAGCCUAGGACAAAGCCCGGAGGCAAGCCUGGAAACACUGCCGCAGUGGUCAAGCCAGAGAGCAGUAAAGCUACUGCGGCAGGUAAAGCUGCGCGUCGUAUACGGGCGAAAAAGGUGGUGAAGGAGCAAGUUGGUGAUGAUGAGCACAUGGAGGAGCUCGAAGAGACUGUUGUGGAAAUCACAAAAGUGAGAGGUACAAGGGAUGGAGCGAGACAUGCCAAGUGA